ACUCGCACACCAUGUGUCCCUCCGCGCGCAGCACGGGGGACUUUUCGGUGGGGAUUUUGGGCGCUGACCAGACGCGGCAUUUUCGGAAAAUAGCGCCCUGUGCAGCUGAAGCGCUUUGUGUUUAGCUGGGCCGCGUCAGCCCGGCCGGGUACGAGGCGCCUCGGGUCCCCGAACCACCUCCUGCUGCUCCCCGGUCGCCGCUCCCGAAGCUUUUCCAGAUGUCCCUGGUAGAUUUGGGAAAGAAGCUUUUAGAAGCGGCUCGAGCAGGUCAAGAUGAUGAAGUUCGUAUUUUGAUGGCUAAUGGAGCUCCUUUUACUACAGACUGGCUGGGAACUUCUCCACUUCAUCUGGCAGCACAGUACGGACAUUAUUCCACCACAGAAGUACUACUCCGAGCUGGUGUAAGUAGGGAUGCCAGAACCAAAGUGGACAGAACGCCGCUGCAUAUGGCAGCUUCUGAGGGCCAUGCCAGCAUAGUGGAGGUUUUGCUUAAGCAUGGCGCUGAUGUCAAUGCAAAGGACAUGUUGAAGAUGACAGCUCUACAUUGGGCCACAGAACACAAUCAUCAAGAGGUGGUGGAACUCUUAAUCAAAUACGGUGCUGAUGUACACACGCAAAGUAAAUUUUGUAAAACUGCGUUUGAUAUUUCAAUAGACAAUGGGAAUGAAGAUUUAGCAGAGAUACUACAGAUUGCUAUGCAGAACCAAAUCAACACAAACCCAGAGAGUCCUGACACUGUGACGAUACACGCUGCAACACCACAGUUUAUCAUUGGACCUGGAGGGGUGGUGAACCUAACAGGUCUGGUAUCUUCAGAAAAUUCAUCCAAGGCAACAGAUGAAACGGGUGUAUCUGCUGUUCAAUUUGGAAACUCCUCUACAUCAGUAUUAGCUACAUUAGCUGCCUUAGCUGAAGCAUCUGCUCCACUGUCCAAUUCUUCAGAAACUCCAGUAGUGGCUACGGAGGAGGUAGUUACAGCAGAAUCUGUGGAUGGUGCAAUUCAGCAAGUAGUUAGUUCAGGGGGUCAGCAGGUCAUCACAAUAGUUACAGAUGGAAUUCAGCUUGGAAAUUUGCACUCCAUUCCAACCAGCGGAAUAGGUCAGCCCAUCAUUGUGACCAUGCCAGAUGGACAACAAGUAUUAACAGUACCAGCAACAGACAUUGCUGAAGAAACUGUUAUAAGUGAAGAACCACCAGCCAAGAGACAAUGUAUUGAAAUAAUUGAAAACCGGGUGGAGUCUGCAGAAAUAGAAGAGAGAGAAGCUCUUCAGAAACAGCUGGAUGAAGCUAAUCGAGAAGCACAAAAAUAUCGACAGCAACUUCUAAAGAAAGAACAGGAAGCAGAGGCCUACAGACAGAAAUUAGAAGCUAUGACUCGUCUUCAGAUUAAUAAAGAAGCUGUUUAAUUGAAAUGAACAUAUAGUUUGAGUUUACUUUUGGUCAAGAAAGAAUACAGUCUUGAACUGUACACAGUAAGUUGCAGUCAUGGGAAGACAGGAUAAUAAAAGAGACUGCAGCUUGAUAAUUGGACUUAAGCCAUGAGCUCUGAAUUCUUGUAACAUAAAACUUUACUUUAGAAGUUGUGAAAUGUAUUUAAAACUGAAUUCUGUAAAUAGUUUUUUUUGUUUUUUACAGUUCCAAAUGAGUUGAUAAAGAUUGUUGAAGAGAUCCCAAAACACAAUAAGCCACUGUUUUUUGUGAAUUCUUUUUGAUUUUAGUACAAACCUUAAUUUCUCAGAAACAGAACAGUUUUAAGGGUGAUCGUUGUUGAUUAGACCAAAUGUUGUGUAAUAAUUAUGUGGUGGACUGAUGCUGGAAUUAACUCUUGUAGGUAUAAACUUCUAUAUGAAGAGAAGAUUUCUCCCAGGAAAUCUUGUACAGCUUUAAGUUGUCUCAGAUUCUCUGAAAACAAUUUUUAGAAAGCAAAUUUUUAUAUUUGUUCAAUUUCAGCUAUACCCAAGUAGAUUUACAUGUAUAUGAAGCAAAUAUUUUUAAAACUUUCUGUUUGUACAUAUUCUGCAUGUUUUAUAAUUUCAAAAUGCAUCACUUGCAUAGGUAUUUUCCCCACAAAGAUGAUGUAAGUUACUAGGAAAGAAAGAAACCCUUUUAUUCUAUAGGUCGUUGAAACUAAGUAAGCUAGCAGCUGGUUUUAUUGGAACGACAAUGUUCUUGGAAGGAGCAGCUUACAAGAUACCUUGAAUUUGCAAACUGCAAAAUCUAUGCUUUUUUGAAAAUUUCAUAGUGGGGACGUGAAACUAUUCUGUGCCUUCCAUCAUGAUUUCCACAUGAAAGCACUUUAAGGCACUGGAUUUUAAGAUAAUGUUUUUGGAAAACUCAAAGCAUAUGGGUUUCUGAAAUAUUUCAUGGACUCAUUCCCCCCCACCCAGGAAAUUAUUCUUAUGGAAAAAAAUUGCUUUUGUAUGUAGAACAGGAACUUUUUGUACUACGGUGAUGCUACAGAUAUGUCUAACAUAGCUUUUACUUUCCCUGUGAAAGCUGUAUGUCUGUGCUGUGACUGGCUCUCAUCACAAUAUUGUUCAAUUCCACAAUGUAUGGACAUUAAACUCUGACAUAGUGUUCCUUCUUUUUUGUAAACAUAACUUCAAGUCCUUUUUCUUGUUUUAUUUUUUAAUGUUUUAUUGCUUUAUGAAAUGUUUAACCCUAAGACCCUUCUAGAUUACCUAUGCUGUAUAAAGAAGCAAUUACCCUUAAAACUGUACUCUGCCCUACUUUUCUAUUUUACAAUUAAAUAUCUUUUCCACAUAUGUUCA